CAUUUAACAAGUGUCGCCCUCUCUGUCCUCAGGCCGACCAGUGCACUGGCCUUCAGGGCUUCCUGGUUUUCCACAGCUUUGGAGGUGGCACCGGCUCUGGUUUCACCUCCCUGCUGAUGGAGCGUCUGUCUGUCGACUACGGCAAGAAGUCCAAGCUGGAGUUCUCCAUCUACCCAGCUCCCCAGGUGUCCACCGCUGUGGUGGAGCCCUACAACUCCAUCCUGACCACCCACACCACCCUAGAGCACUCUGACUGUGCCUUCAUGGUGGAUAAUGAGGCCAUCUAUGACAUCUGCCGUAGGAACCUUGAUAUCGAGCGCCCUACAUACACCAACCUGAACAGGCUGAUCAGUCAGAUUGUGUCCUCCAUCACCGCUUCCCUUCGUUUCGAUGGCGCCCUCAACGUUGAUCUGACAGAGUUCCAGACCAACUUGGUGCCAUAUCCUCGUAUCCACUUCCCUUUGGCCACCUACGCCCCUGUCAUCUCUGCUGAGAAGGCUUACCAUGAGCAGCUCUCAGUGGCUGACAUCACCAACGCCUGCUUUGAGCCAGCCAAUCAGAUGGUGAAAUGUGACCCCCGUCAUGGCAAGUACAUGGCUUGCUGCCUGUUGUUCCGUGGUGAUGUGGUGCCCAAAGAUGUGAAUGCUGCCAUUGCCACCAUCAAAACCAAGCGCACCAUCCAGUUUGUGGACUGGUGCCCCACUGGUUUCAAGGUUGGCAUCAACUACCAGCCACCCACUGUAGUUCCAGGUGGAGACCUGGCCAAGGUCCAGAGGGCUGUGUGCAUGCUGAGCAACACCACUGCUAUUGCAGAGGCCUGGGCUCGGCUUGACCACAAGUUCGAUCUCAUGUACGCCAAGCGUGCCUUUGUUCACUGGUAUGUGGGUGAGGGUAUGGAGGAGGGCGAGUUCUCCGAGGCCAGGGAAGACAUGGCUGCGUUAGAGAAGGAUUAUGAAGAGGUCGGAGUCGACUCCAUUGAGGGAGAGGGGGAGGAGGAGGGAGAGGAGUAUUAAAAGGGGCACGAAGGCAGGAAACAAAUUGUCAUGUGUUCUUGAAUGUGUUCCAAACAGAAGUGUUUGUCCAUCAAAUACCAGUUUGUUUAGAUCUAAACUCCUGAAAUGUCAAGUGUGGCCCUGAUCUAAAUAAAAUUUCUGUGACCUGUGAA